AUACGGCCUGACGAGGCCUGCGCGAAGAGGGGUGCGCGAUGGCGUCAUCCCCGGCGGCGGCAGCGGCGGCGGCGGCGACGGCGACGGGGUGAGAUGCUAAAAUCUCCCAGAGGAAUCUCACCAUUUCCGCCUAAUUAUCUUCCUUUUUUGCUUCGUCUUGUUCCGUUGCUAGCGCCUGCGUUUGAGGGUUCAAUCCCUCGUUGGUUUCUCCGGAAUGGCGAUGAUUGGGUUCAUAGCUUGCCUAGCGCAUCUGCGCAUCUCGUAGCUGAGCUCGCUUUCAUUGGUCCCGCAGAUUCUUGGCGUGAGGUUGAGAAGCAUGACAUUUCUUCAGCUUAGCUCUGCUUGACAUGACACUCUUUACUAGAAAACACCACUUGCUAAUUAGUUUGGCAAUUACUUGGAUUAAUUAUGCGGAUAACGGUGGGCGAGAGAACAACCUAUGUUCCCAUGCAAAUGUGGGCUAAAUUGGUGCCAGGUCAGGUUGUAGCGCCUAGUAUUGUUAAAUCCUAAUAUUGUACAUCAUGCAAGUACCAAAAAUGGAAAAAAAACAUAAUGGUUUCUAACAAAUGGUUGGAUGUAAUAGCAAUUGAGUUGCUUACUUCUUGCCAUGGUCUAGAUCUUUAUUGCUUUGGAAGAAAUAAAAGUACUAGAUCGAACAGAAACAGAAGAAGCUAUUAAAGAUUUUGUUGCACAUAAUUUAUCUUCGUUGUUGCUUUCGAUCUGCAUAAUGAGUACAGUAAUGAUUCUUUUCAAGUUUAUAGAACUGCCGUUGAGUACCGUCUGAGUUUUUUUUUUCUGUCUUCUAAAAGGUUUUAUGGUAUUUUGCAUGUUUGGAGAGUAAUGGUACUCUGCAAUAGAUAUAAACUACUUUGUUUAGUCUGCGUCAUGUGCACCUAAUGGUUGCCGGUUAUAGGUUAAUAAGAGCACACAGUUUUGUCUCUUUUUCCUGCUCGUUGACUAUCCAUCCAUCAUCCUACAUUUCCCCUUCCUGACUGAUGCUGGCAUGCUUCAUUCUUGUCUCUCUUCCCCCCUUCGUACACAAACUAUGGCUACUGCUUCUCUCGUUUUUGCAGGCAAAGCGGUUGCAACACCAGUUAUCUCAUAUAUUUUGAACAAGGCCUUCACUUAUCUGGUUAAUUACUGGAGGACCGAGGACAUGGAAUCUGUGAAAGCAGAGCUUCUCAAGAUGCUACCUCAUGUCCAAGCAGUAUUUGAUGCUGUUGAUUGGGAUAACAUUAAAGAGCAGAGCGCAGCGCUGGAUGCAUGGCUGUGGCAACUCAGGGAUGCCGUUGAGGAAGCUGAGGAUUCACUCGAUGAGUUGGCUUACCACAGGUUGAAGGAAGAAGUUAAAGCCCGUGAUGAACAAGAGACGAGUGGCAGUGUCUCGAAGCUAAAAGGGAAACUUAUCAGGAAGCUCACUAAGCAUGUCCCUAAGAAUGGCAUGUUGAAGAGGUUGAAGGAAUCUGUUGAAGGGUUGCAUAAGGCAAUUGCUGGUGUAAAAGAUUUCAUGGGUUUUGUGAAUAAGGUUGGUGUUGUUAAUCACUUCAUGGAUUAUGAGCUGAAAAUGAAGGGUAAGCAGUUUGAAACAAGCUCAAGGUCGACAGCGAUUGAGGUUUUUGGCUUGGAGAAGGAGAAAGACAUCAUGAUCAAAUGGCUCACCGAACCAACAGGUAAUGAUCCUGCAGAUACCAAUCUCCGCAUUUUUACCAUUGUAGGACAUGGUGGUUUUGGGAAGACAACUUUAGCUCAGCUCAUUUAUAAUGAGAAGAAAGUGCAAAUUUGUUUUGACAUAUGCAUAUGGGUAUCUGUGUCUAGUCAUUUUGAUGCACCGUCAAUAACAAAAAGUAUCAUUGAGGCAGUUUCAAAAAAGACCCCUCCAGCCAACACACUGGAAGCUCUGCAUGCCAUCCUUGAAGAUAGGUUAAUCUCUAAGAGAUUUUUGCUUAUUUUGGACAAUGUUUGGAAUGACAAUGAUAUGAAUGAGUGGGAGAAAUUAUUAGCUCCCCUCAGAAUUGGUGGAACUGGGAGCAUUAUUUUGCUUACGACCCGGAUGAAGUCGGUAGGAGAUAUGGCUGGUUAUGCCCUUGGACUCAAGGUGCAACAUCUGAAAUUAGAUGGUUUACUAGAGAAAGAUAUUCUGAUGCUGUUCAACAAGCAUGCAUUUCGCGGUCUCAGUCUUGAUUGCUGCAAAAACUUACACCCACUUGGUGAACAGAUUGUGAAAAAGAUUAGCGGGUGUCCCUUAGCAGCCAAGGUUAUAGGUGCACAUUUAAGGGAUAAUAUUAGUUAUAUGUACUGGAAUAAAAUUUUGCAAGAAGACUUACAGAACUUACAACUAGGGAUGGAUGGUGUCAUGAAGGUCCUUAGAUUAAGCUACCAUCAUUUACCUGCAAACCUGCAGCUGUGCUUUCGAUAUUGUAGUAUAUUUCCACAAGGGUACAGAUUUGGGAAGAAAGAGCUGGUCGAGAUGUGGUUGGGUUCAGGGAUGAUUUUGCAAACUACAGAUGAAACAAAAACUCUAGAGGAUAUUGGAGGGCAAUGUUUGGACCAGUUGACAAGAAAAUCUUUCUUUGAGUUCACAUCAAAAGAAAGGGAUGGAGUAGUUCUUGAAGAGCAUUACGCUAUGCAUGACGUAUUGCAUGAUUUGGCACAAGUUGUGUCUUCUGGUGAAUGCUUGAGGAUUGGAGGUAUUAGAUCAAUGAAGAUUGCAAAAACAGUUCGCCACCUGUCUGUCAAAAUAGUAGAUUCAGCUCAUCUCAAGGAGCUCUUCCAUCUUAACAACUUACGCAGUUUAGUUAUUGAAUUUGUCGGAGAUGACCCCAGUAUGAAUUAUUCAAUUACAUUUGAUGAAAUUUUGAAAAGUUUUAGAAGCCUGCGCCUACUGUGCGUAACUGCUAAAUGCUGGUUUGACAUGCCUGGUGCUGUUUCGAAGCUAAUACACCUUCGCUACAUCUCCUUGCUUAGCACCAAAAGAUCUUUCCUUGUGUCAAUGCAUAAGCGGUUCACUCUUUACCAUCUAGAAACACUGAAGAUUAUGGAGUAUUCAGAAGGGAAAAUGCUCAAACUAAAUGGCCUGAGCAAUCUAGUAUGCUUGAGAAAUUUGCAUGUUCCUUAUGACACCAUUUCCUCAAUACCUCGAAUAGGGAAACUUACAUGUCUUGAAUAUUUAAAUGCAUUUAGUGUCCAGAAAAGAAUUGGACACACUGUGUGUGAACUAAAGAAUUUGUCACAACUUCAUCAUCUUCGACUGCGAGAUAUUCAGAAUGUUGGGUCAUGCAAAGAAGUUUUGGAUGCUAACUUGAAGGAUAAGAAACAUAUGAGGACAUUUUCUUUGCAUUGGUCUUCUCACGAGGUUAUUGCAGAAAAUGUAAGUGACCUAGUUCUUGAUUACUUGCAACCGCAUUCUGACCUUGAAGAGCUGGAUAUUAUAGGAUUCUCUGGCACUAGGCUUCCAUUCUGGAUAACAGACUCCUAUCUUGUAAAUAUUGUAUCGCUCAAUAUCAUCAAUUGUUGCAAAAUUGAGCACGUUCCAUCGUUAGCAAGUCUCUGUUCACUAAAGAAUCUGUUUUUGCAAGAUCUUUCACUAUUAGCAAGUAUGGGCUGCAUGCUUCAUGAAUGUGACAAGAUUCCUGUUGGUUGCAGUCAUUCAUUCCAAGAAUGUCCAAGUUCAAUUGAUAUGUCGGAAGGGAUGGUUGAUGUUGAAUCAGAAGGAGUCUCUUUUCCGCCUCAUCUCAGUACUCUGACAAUUCGAGGAUGUCCUCAACUGAUGAAACUCCCAACUUUACCAUCCAUGCUAAAGCAGUUGAAAAUAGAAAAAUCUGGGUUGAUGCUUCUUCCAAAGAUGUACCAGAAGCACAAUGAUACAGAGGGAAGUUUCCCAUGUCCAAAUGAAUCACAACUUACAAACGUGCUCAUCGAAUAUUGCCCAAACUUGAAUUCUUUGUUACAUUGUUUCUUGGGACAGAAUGUAACUCUUACAUCUCUUAGAGAGCUCCGCAUCAACCAAUGUGAAAAGCUUGAGUAUUUACCAUUGAAUGGUUUAAUGGAAUUAGUAAACCUGCAAAUCCUAGAGGUGUCGGAUUGUUCAAUGCUCAAGAAAAGUGGGAUGGAAGUUAAGCUUCUUCCGUCAUCGCUGGAACAGCUCUCCAUUAAAUCCUGUGGUGAAUUAGCAAACAUAUUGAUUGAUUUAUUGGCAGGACUGGAAGCUCUUACCUUCCUAGAGCUAGCUAAUUGCAGCCACCUGAUAUCCCUGCCCACAGUGAAGACAUUUGAAACUUUGACAGCACUUAAGGAACUGAGACUAUAUGGUUGUCCAGAAUUGUCUUCCUUGGGUGGGUUGCAGUGCCUCAAAUCUCUAAGACUAUUGAUUAUCCGUGGUUGCUGUAGUCUCACAAAGAUUUCUUCAUUGCCACCUCCAUUACAAUGCUGGAGUAGCCAAGAUGAUUCCACAGAGAAUUCGCUAAAACUUGGGACAUUAUUUAUUGAUGAUCACUCUCUGCUUUUUGUGGAGCCACUACGAAGUGUUCGGUUUACUAGGAGAUUAUCUCUUUUGGAUGAUCCUAUCAUGACAUCACUACCUGAGCAAUGGCUCCUGCAGAAUCGCACGACACUAAGUAUUUUGUGGCUAUGGAAUGUGAAGUCUCUGCAAUGCCUUCCUUCAAGCAUGAAAGAUCUCUGUCACCUCCAAAGUUUCACUCUAUUUAAUGCUCCUCUUGUAAACUCACUGCCAGACAUGCCUGCAUCACUUAAGGAUCUCAUUAUUGAUUGUUGUCAAAUAGCCUUAGCUGAGCGGUGCAGAAAAGGAGGCUGUGACUGGAGCAAGAUUGCUCAUGUCACUCUUCUGAAAAUUAAUGGUAACGAGCCCUUGUAGGUCCUCUACCUUACUUCUACAGUGGGAGUUGACAAUAUGGGAUGAUCCUGUUAUGACUUCAUUGCCAGAGCAAUAUGACUCCUGCAGAGCCGCCUUGUUCUACGAAAUUUGUCGAUAUGGAACACAAAGGCUCUACAAUGUCUUCCUUCAAACCUGGCAAAUCUCUGCCAUCUCCAAAGUUUUACUCUAAUCAAUGCUCCCAUUGUCAGUGCAAUUCCAGACCUGCCAGCAUCGCUGAGCAAUCUCAUUGUUCAAAAUUGCCACACAAUAUUAGCUGACCGGUGCAGAAAGGGAGCUCAUGACUGGAAUAAAUCCUGCCCUCAUGACAUCUUUUUCAUCAACUUGUAAGAGCUUCCAGUUUCAUCUUCCUCUCCUUUUCCUGUGGAUGAAUGCUCCAAGGCAGCCAAGCAAGUGGAAGGACUCCCUGCGAACACCUAUAGUGUACAAAUUUAAGGCCACAAAAUCUUUUCGAGUAGGGUAAUGGAGUAAUUAUGCUGAGUAAAAAGAAGUGAAUGCCUCUAAUGCUCUGCUUGGAACAACAAGAUUUGUAUAUUUUGUAUCCUUAUCCAUGAAUUGAUGGAGUGAAGAUUUUCAUCUACCAGAUUUCAGCUGUUACUGUCAGAGUUCUUAUGGCCAACCAGUCAAUGAAACAAAAACAUGAAGCCAGAGCCCAGAGGACAAGAUGGCAGCUGUUUUUGUCAACCAUCUUUGGAAAUCACGUUCAGGGAACUAUGUAUAUAUAAAGCUGAUAUACAUUUUUGCAUACCCUUUUGUUCUAGGAUCCACAUAUUCAAUCACAGCAAAUGGCACAUAGCCUAAAGCUCUGUGCCUACGUAUUGCUCCUAUUCCUUGUUCAUAGUGAUUCUCCUGUUAAUGAAAGCACGACACAGUUUUGUAUCCGUGCUUCCAGCAGCCGUCAUUCUGCCUGGCCUCGUUCACAUUAUUGCUGCUCCAAAAUACCUCCAGAUGAUACAUGGUCAGGCGGCGUCUGGAACUGAGCUCACAGUGGCCUCUUCUCAUACCUCCUCCCUGAGGAUGACGGCACGGUUCGCUUCAUGAACCAAUCUACGCGGCAAUUCAUGACUAUUCGUUGUAUAUCAAUAAGGUCCAAGGCAGCGUUCCUCGACCCGGGAAUAUCGUCCCCAUCCUGGGAAAUUGGGGACAUUUUUAUCCCCCACCUUAUAAAAAACAUCACAAGGAGCGAUUAUGUUCGCCCCAUUCCUCGACCCAAUCAACCUGGGAAUUUUGUGACUAUGUCAUGAUUCUAAGAAACCAUAGGAUGUUUAUACCGAUCUUGAGCGGUCAUCGGCCUCGUUGGACUGUUAGUACAAGGACAGAUCUGGACAUACAUACCGGAUGUCGUGUUCAUCGGAGUCAGGACGACACGACAGUCAGCAAGGGAUGAAAAUGGUUAGAAAUAGUUGGAAACGGUAUCUUUAUUUUAUUAUUUUACGGAAAAGGACAGGAAAUUCUCGUAUUUAAGAAUUU